AUGUCCACUCUACUCGAUGUUUGCGGACCCCUCUCCCCGCCCUCAACGCCGCCGUUGAUGGACGUAAAAGUGGAGUUACCUUUAAAGAAGGCAGCAGUGAAACGUGCCCGAGAGUCUUCCCCACCGGCUGGCCUCGUGACCCCCCAACCCUCGGACUCGGAAGGUGAAGAUGAAUGCAGCAAGCGAUCUAGGUGCGAACUCGCACGGUUGCUACUGACCACACCCCCACCAGAGCCCUGUGCGCGCCCUUCAGUCAUCAUGCGAGCGCACAAAGACGGCACCUGCAGUCCUGAACCACUGCCGCCCCCACCCGCCAAAAUGAAUAUACUCAAGACCCUUAAAUUUAAAAUGAAUCGGGGUCACAGCUACUCACAAACCAAAUAUAUCGCGCAGACGCAGUCUCAAGCUCAGGCUCCGCCCGCCGCGCCAAUAAGCCCUCCGGCGAAGCUUGAAGAAGCACGCGUCCCCUCACCACACCCAGAGUGUCAAACUAAACAAGACGAACAAAGAGUGCCUCAAGUGCCACCAACUGCCUCGACACCUGGCUGGGUGCCGCUCGCGCCGCGACCCGCCUCAGCUGUGAUAGUGCCGAGUGCUCUCCUACCUACCACGGCGCUGUGGCUAGUCGCACCCGCGCCAGCCGCCCGUCGUCGUCUAUACGAGUGCUCUUACCCUGGCUGUGGGAAAAAUUACUUCAAAUCGUCACAUUUAAAAGCUCACGCCCGCACCCACACGGGCGAGCGUCCCUUCCGCUGCGGGUGGCCCGGCUGCGAGCGACGCUUCUCCCGCUCUGACGAACUGUCCCGACAUAAGAGGACGCAUACUGGCGAGAAGAAAUUCGGGUGUCGCGUGUGUAACCGCCGUUUCAUGCGGUCCGACCAUCUCGCCAAGCACGUCAAGAGACACGCAAAAGAAAGGGCCCCUCCCGCGCCCGUUCUACGGCUGCUUCCUUCGCCCCCACUCGCCAUUCCCGUCCCCACCGUUGCGCAA